GGGGAGAAUCUUGGCGUCGUCAAUACAAGUCCGUAUAUCAAAUUUAUAUGCAUGUGCGGUAUCAAAUAUCUUGCAUCCUGGUGACACUGUAGCGGCAGCAUUAUUUGUCUAUAUUCAUUUCGACGUAAAAAAAUGGCGGAUUGCAAGGAGGGUGCAGAGGAUAUUGAUCAUCCGCCACUCGUCCUGAAAGUCGAUCCGCCCGAGGAGUUGCUGGAGGACUCUACUGAGGAUUCAACGAUUAGCAAUUCAGCACCGACCGACCAGGACACGCCAGUUUAUGAUGAGAUGGAAAGCUGUACGGCGGAGUCAAAUGACCAAGAAUCCAAAUUGACAGCCGUUAAGUCUCCCGAUAAGAAACACAAUCCUGUGUUAGCUGUUUCAAAGUUGGGAAAUUCGUUUGGUGUAAACGAAUUUUCGAAUGCUGUAACUAGUAAAUCAAAGUCGUCUAUACUAAGGCCGUCGCAAUUAAGUGUGUUAACCAAUAAUUCCAUGGGCGCCGCUGAUAAAACUGUCCUGCAGCCUGCAAAGUUUCACAAUCCGUUUGCGAAGGUUGCCGAAAAUUCCUUGGACGAGCCCGUGGCGAACAGCAAUAAAACCGAAGUGGAGAAUGAUUUUAAGGGCGAGGAAAAGAUGAAAUUUUUGCCUCUGGGCGCGAGUACUAAAGAGAACGAGAACAAUGUAAAUAAUACAGUGGCAUCUAGCGCAUCUACCCCUAGCUUCGUGUUCGGUCAGAACUUGAAGGAACGCGUUACCGUUUCGAACGACGCGGACAGUUCGAAUAGUCUCGAGAAAGACGAGACGAAGAGCAAGGAGAGCAAUGAAAAUGGAUCUUCUGAGCUUCUGUUCUCGAAUGCAGCUGCAAAUUGCCGUGCCACGGUGAGGCCGGGCUUGACGUUGACUCAAGCAGCUCAGGUGCUGGAAGAGGCAAAUCGUGCGAACAAGAGAAAAUAUAAUCAAGUAACAUUAUUGACUGGCGAGGAGGGAGAAACAAAUGUUCUUCAGAUCAACUGCAAGUUAUUUGCUUUCGACAAGACUAGUAGCAAUUGGCAAGAAAGAGGCAGAGGUACGCUAAGACUCAAUGACCGGGAUGAGGAGUCUCGUUUGGUCGGCCGUACUGCCGGGACGCAGCGCUUGAUCCUGAACACAAAAGUAUGGCCGGGUAUGACCGCAGAACGUGCUGGACCUAAAUCGUUAAGACUAACCGCUAUGGACGUCUUAGACGGGGACAUUCGGAUCUUCAUUGUACAAGCGGCACCUAAGGAGGUCGAUCAGCUGCACAGUCUUUUGUUACAGCGACUUAAACGCGCACAGGAACGCCAUCCUAAGAAAUUAGCAACAGACCAUUGACGGUUGUCGACAAUUCCGGGCGAGGCGUUUACCGUGCGUCAGCUUAAUUUUGUGCAACAUAGAUGUCAUUAAGACACAAAAGGAGUUAAAUCCUUCAGGAUUGUAAGACUAUUUAGUACGCGCAAUAGAACGGCUAUGAUUUGUGCCUUCCUUCAGAAAUUGCAGCUCUUGGCAGUUUGCACCAAUAUUUAUCGAAAAGAGGUGAUUAAGUUGUGGCAUUUGUACGAGUUUGACGCCCUUAUACGUAUGUUUUCUCGGGAAUACAAAACCUGUUUAUAAUCUUUUUUUCAGUCGAUAUGUCGCCUUUUAUUUGAGACUUAACAUGAUUUUUAAGUAAAAGAGCGUUAUUUAAAGUUAGAAAUACAGCCGUAAUAAAAAGUAACAAAUCUUAAAAUAAAUUACAAGUUGAUUCUUAAGAUAACUUUCAAAAACUUUAAAUCUAUAUUUAUAUCAAACUGUUAGCUGUUGCAUAUUGCAAUUGCAUAUUUUUUUUGUCUAGAGAAAUGUGGUGGUGUUACAUUAAUCUUAGAUCUAAAUAAAUGAUUUGUAUGUAUAAUUUAUCAUUAAAGAAUAUAUGAGAGUGGCUGAGCAGAUACGAGUUUAUAGUAUUUGUAGCGUGUAAUAUUGCCGUUACUUGUACUUUUGAUUUGUAUUUAAAGACGAUUUGUAUUUAAAAGACGAUUUGUGAAAAUGUACGAUAGAACGGCAUUAUUAUUAAUAUUAUAAUUACUAUGAUUAUAAGUAUAUUGUUUUAGAUGUAAAUAAAAGCCUCUCUAAUGGUGAAAGAACUUUAAUCGCGCCUCUUUUUGUUCUCCGAACAGAUUGUUUAAUGCGAUUUUUAAAUUAAAAUUUCAAUUUUGCUUGGCAAUAAUUUAAUCCACACGAGGCCUGUCCUCUUUGCGCGUUGAAUGAAUGAAGCGGGGCAAAGAAUUCACUAUAUACGUUAUAUUGCGAUUUACCUACGAUAGAACAUUGAUAUUACAUUUACUUAAGAAAUUAUAAUCUACUCUGUGAUUAGUAAAUUCCGAGUUUUCAUUACGCAGCACAUAAAGAAUAUGUUGUAUCAUUUAAAAUAGAAAUGGAAAUUUGUGGAAAUUUUGUCUUUGGCAUGUCUUUAUAGAACUACAUAUAUAAAAAGCAUGUAAUUAAUAUAUGUUCACAAGGACUAAUGAUGACAAAGAAUAAAUGGAUUUGAAAUAUAU